GCGUUGUCUAGCAAUGGCAACUGUCACUGCUUCAAGCUUCACUUGCACAAGCACACAUGUCAACUACGGCGUGUCAUCUUUCCCGGAGGCUAAGACGGCGUUGCAGAACAUGGGGUUUGGGAAGCAGAGUCCGACUCAUAAUGGGUUGCGAGCCUUGAACGUGGUUACUUCGAAAUCGAUUGCGAUGAGGAAAGUGAGUGUUAGGAGUGAGAGACGUUCGGGUGCUAUUGUAUGUGGGAAAGGGAUGAAUUUGGUGUUUCUGGGUGCGGAGGUUGGGCCGUGGAGCAAGACUGGUGGACUUGGAGAUGUGCUUGGGGGUCUCCCACCAGCUAUGGCUGCAAAUGGGCACCGUGUGAUGACAAUUUCACCGCGUUAUGAUCAGUACAAAGAUGCAUGGGAUACAGAAGUUAUAGUUGAGAUUAAAGUUGGAGAGAAGACUGAGAAGGUUCGUUUUUUUCACUGUCACAAAAGAGGGGUUGAUCGUGUGUUUGUAGAUCACCCGCUGUUUCUUGAAAAGGUAUGGGGGAAAACUGCAUCAAAAAUAUACGGGCCUAUGACUGGAGAAGACUACACAGACAACCAACUUAGAUUCAGCUUGUUGUGCCAGGCAGCUCUAGAGGCACCGAGAGUUCUGAAUCUUACCAGCAACAAAUAUUUUUCAGGACCAUAUGGAGAAGACGUUGUUUUCAUUGCCAAUGACUGGCACACAGCCCUCCUCCCAUGCUACCUGAAAGCCAUAUACAAACCUAAAGGAAUAUACAAGAGUGCUAAAGUAGCCUUUUGCAUUCACAACAUUGCAUACCAAGGCAGAUUUGCAUUUGCAGACUUCUCACUUCUCAAUCUACCAGCUGCCUUCAAAAGCUCCUUUGAUUUCAUUGAUGGCUAUGACAAACCAGUGAAAGGGAGGAAACUUAACUGGAUGAAAGCUGGAAUCUUAGAAUCAGAUGUGGUCUUGACUGUUAGCCCGUACUACGCCAAAGAAGUUGCUUCUUCAGUUGAUAAAGGAGUCGAAUUGGAUAAUAUUAUUCGCAAAACUAAAAUUCAAGGUAUAAUAAAUGGCAUGGAUGUCCAGGAAUGGAACCCGUUAACUGACAAGUAUACAGAUGUCAAAUAUGAUGCUACAACAGUGACGGCUGCGAAGCCUAUUCUGAAAGAAGCUCUCCAAGCAGAAGUCGGUUUGCCAGUGGAUAAGAACAUCCCUGUGAUAGGUUUCAUUGGUAGGCUUGAAGAGCAGAAGGGUUCUGAUAUUCUUAUAGAAGCGAUACCCCAAUUCAUCAAAGAGAAUGUGCAGAUUAUAGUUCUUGGGACAGGCAAAAAACCAAUGGAGAAGCAGCUUCUUGAAUUGGAAGCAAAAUACCCUGACAAAGCUCGAGGAAUUGCAAAAUUCAACGUUCCUCUCGCCCAUAUGAUAACAGCCGGAGCUGAUUUUAUGUUGGUUCCCAGCAGAUUUGAGCCUUGUGGUCUCAUUCAGUUGCAUGCUAUGCGUUAUGGAACUGUUCCCAUUGUUGCAUCAACUGGCGGAUUGGUAGACACAGUUAAAGAAGGAUACACAGGAUUUCAUAUGGGAAGUUUCAAUGUUGAGUGUGAGGUUGUUGAUCCUGUGGAUGUACAAGCUGUGGCCACAACUGUCAAAAGAGCUCUUGCAACUUACGGAACCCCGGCUUUUGCUGAGAUCAUUAAGAACUGCAUGUCUCAAGAUUUCUCGUGGAAGGGACCUGCUAAGAAGUGGGAAGAAGUGCUUCUAAGUUUGGGUGUUGCUGACAGUGAACCCGGACUUGAUGGUGAAAAUGAGGAAAUUGCACCCCUCUCCAAGGAAAAUGUCGCAACACCAUGAAAACAACACAAGUUCAACCUGUUGAUUCAGGAUCAAACAGUUUUCUGAACCAACACAGAACAGGAUCUGCUGUCCUAACUGACCCUGCUUAAAUGCAUUGUAUUAUGUAGCUGUAGAGGCACGAAGUAUAUACAUCCUUGGCCGGAACAAGUGACGCCCUCUACGCAAGUGUAAUGAUAGCUUAGUCAUCGCAGCCAGCGGUGGCUCUCACCAACGCCUACAGUAUAGGCUGUAUAGCUAGUAGUGCAAAUCAAGAUUUAAUACAAGUUGUAUCGAUGUUUCAUGAUAUUUUGUGCGAACAACCAUAAUCUAUCAAGCAAACCACCAAUUCAGCUUGUCCUUGACCAAAUAUUGCAACAAAUUUCGAUACCAAGGUUUAAACACUGCC